GCAUCGUUCUAGAAGAUACUUUUUAUCGUUUCCUUCGAUUUUGAAAGUCAUCAUGACGAGUUACAACGAUAAAGGAUCUCAGCCUAUUGGAGGAAAAUUCCUCAGUUUUGAUUAUAUAAAAUUCUGGGUUGGAAAUGCUAAGCAGGCCGCCAGUUUCUAUCGAUGUAGGAUGGGAUUUGAACCAUUUGGAUAUCGUGGUUUAGAAACUGGCUAUAGACGAGCAGCGGCACACGUUGUCAAACAGAACAAAAUAAUGUUCAUGUUCGAAUCUCCGUACGAACCUGAUAAUGAAGAAAUGUCAGAUCAUCUUUCCCGACAUGGAGACGGCGUGCGAGAUGUAGCGUUCAAUGUUGAAGAUAUCGAUACCAUUGUGAAGGUUGCUAAGCGAAAGGGCGCCGAAAUAGUGCGCGACAUAUGGGAGGAAAGCGACGAAUAUGGCAUCGUGAGGAUGGCCACUGUGAAAACUUAUGGUGAUACGCUCCAUACAUUUGUUGAUAGAACGAGGUACAAAGGCUUCUUCUUGCCGGGUUUCGUGAGGGUAUCAAAGGAUGCUCUUCUCGAUCAAUUGCCGCAAGUACAUUUGAAUUUUGUAGACCAUGUAGUGGGUAAUCAGCCCGACAAACAAAUGGAAUCCGUUGCGAAAUGGUACGAAGACUGCUUACAGUUUCAUAGAUUCUGGUCAGUAGACGACUCGCAGUUGCAUACGGAAUAUUCCGCGCUACGGUCCAUCGUGAUGUCGAAUUGGGAGGAGACGGUGAAGAUGCCGAUCAACGAACCCGCAUCGGGGAAGAAACGUUCCCAGAUUCAGGAAUAUGUCGAGUAUUAUGGCGGUGCCGGUGUACAGCAUAUUGCCCUUAAUACUAAUGACAUUAUUACAGCGAUAACAAAUCUGCGUGCCAGAGGUAUGGAGUUUCUUCACGUACCCGAUAGUUAUUACGACAUGCUCAGAAACCGCCUAAAAGCCAGUGGCACGAAAAUCGUGGAGGACUUGGAUAUGCUACAGAAAUUAAAGAUACUAAUAGACUAUGACGAGAAUGGAUAUCUUCUACAAAUAUUCACGAAAAAUAUGCAAGAUCGGCCAACAUUGUUUAUAGAAGUCAUACAGAGGCGCAACCAUAAUGGUUUCGGCGCUGGCAAUUUCCAAGCGUUGUUCGAAGCGAUUGAAUUAGAGCAAGCAAAACGUGGCAAUCUGUAGAAAGUUAAAUAUUAUUGAUGUAUUUGUAAAAUUAGAACUAUCAGCCAACAUAAAGUAAUCCUAUGAAAGAGUGAA